CAUUUCUUCUUCUUCUUCUUAUUCUCUCCCACUCCUCAAAGUUUGAAACCUGAAAAACAAACAAAAACCCUUUUGUGCUUCCUCUCUUUCAAAACCAUAGUUACCAGUCAAAAAGUGCAAUUUUUUUCUUUUUUUUCUGGGGCUCAUUUCUUGCACUUUGUCCAUUAAAAAGUUGAACCUGGUUCUCUUUCAUAAUUUUAUUUUUUAAGCCUCUUUGCCUAAAUAGCAAGCCAGGGAUCAAUUUCCUCAAAUUUCUUUGAUUAAAAAAUAAAAAAUAAAAAAAUCUGGUUUUUGUUCAAAAGGUGGAGUUGAUAUUGGUUGGUUUUGCUUGUUGUGUUCAUUAGCAUUGAAAAAAACGCCUCCUUUUUGAGUUUCCAUGGCUUGUUCAUUGAAGACUGGUUUCUACAUUUCUGGGGUGGAUGAGAUUUCUAAUGGCUCAAAAUCCAAAGGGGUUUCUGGGUUUUGUUCCUCCUUUGGUUUUCCCCAUACUAGGGAACCAAAUUCAAGACAUUUUCCUGUUCUUUAUGCGCGUUUCAUGGGAAAACACCUACUCGUCUCAGAUCAAAAGGGCUUCAGAGAUUUGAAGGUCAAAACCCCAAGAAAUUUCUCUGUUCAUGCACAAGCAUCGAUCUGUGUAAGCAGAGGUAUGAGAUGGUGGGAAAAGACCAUUCAACCCAAUAUGGUGGAGAUCCAUUCUGCCCAAGAGCUUGUAAAUUCUUUGCUUAAUGCUGGUGAUAGAUUGGUUAUAAUUGAUUUCUAUUCACCUGGUUGUGGAGGUUGCAAAACUCUCCAUCCGAAGAUCUGUCAGUUUGCUGAAUUGAAUCCAAAUGCUCUCUUCCUCAAAGUUAACUAUGAAGAGCUCAAAACUAUGUGUCAUGGACUCAAUAUUCAUGUCCUGCCAUUGUUUAGGUUCUAUAGAGGUGCAAAUGGACGUUUAUGUAGCUUUAGCUGCACAAAUGCAACUAUUAAGAAAUUCAAAGAUGCAAUGGCUAAGUAUGGUACAGAACGUUGUAGCCUUGGCCCUGCAAAGGGUUUGGAUGAAAAAGAGCUAUUGAAAUUAGCUUCAAUUGGUGAAAUCUCGAUAGAUUUACCAUUUCCAUCUAAAGAAGAAGAAAGGGUGGAGAAUUUGGUAAUGGAAAGCAUAGAUUUAUCUGGUUCUUGGAGCAAAGCUGGGAAUCAGAUAAAAUUACAAGAAGAGAAGAGUGUUGCAUUGAAGUUUUGAACAAUUUGCAACAGCUUUUUUAGAAUUUCAAAUUAGAAAUGGAGUAAAGAAACUCCCUUUCUUUUUUUGUUUUUGUGCUUUCGUUUUUUUUUUUUUUUUUGUGUGUCCUUUUUAUGUAUAUAAUUAAUAUUAGUAUUUCCAUUAGCAGCAGGGCUUUUGGGUUUUUGUUGCAUUUAGCCCUGCUUUAUUAAUAUUUAUGGAUUGGAUAUUGUUGAUCUGAUUUAAAAGAUUAAUACGGAUCUAUAUUGUUUUUCUUUUCAA